CUCGAAAAUUCGUAUUAUCGACUUUGUACAUGUUAUUAUUUUUUAUACCUUUGUCGUUUUCAAAAAUAAUUUACGAUAUAACUUCAAUAAUGUCACGCCCCAUUCGUAAUCGUCUGGAAAUCAUGUUUUAAUGUUCCUUAUCAUGUUUCGUUCAUUAUCACCUCACUCCAAUUCACUUUACCGUCGUCCAUCCGGUCCGGCGAUCCAUGUUUCGUAAAUAAUAAAACAUUUUUUUUUUUUACCCAAAUGUGUGACUUUUAAGGAUUUAUAUUAAUAAAUACAAACACUAAAAACUUCAACCAUGUAUUCUGUUUGGCGACAGUAUCAAUAUGUCUACAGGAAUACACAUUGUGUGAAGUAUUAUUCAAUGUCACCUCCACAAAAACCAAAUUUUAUCAUGCAGCUAUUAAAUAAUAUAAAAGAUGAGAUGUCUAAAAGCAAAGAGAUGAAACAAAACUUAAAACAAUUUCGAGCUGAAAAAAAGAAAUUAGAAGAAUCUGAUAAUUUAAUUAAAGCUAGACAGAAAUUAAACACAAUAGAAUCAGAAACAUUCAAAGUAACUCAACAAGCCAAAUCUGUUGCUAAUAUCGUUAUGGCUUCUGUAAAGAAAAAAGUAAAUGAAGCUAGUGAGUCUGAUUUGGCAAAAAAAGCAGGGCUAUUAAGCGGAAGUAUAAGCAAAACAGUAUUGGAAAAGGGAUCUAAAAUUGGUCAGUCUGGUCCUGUCAAGACUUUUUCAAGUACUGCUGAAGCUAUUUCGGCACAAAUUGAAAGUGAUACUUCAUUAAAUUCACAUGUCUACAAAGCACCAAAAACUUUGAGGAAACGUUCCGACUUGGGUCAUCAGGGAACAGUUGUUCCUAAUGAAACAGAGACUGGUAUUACUGUUCAUAAAGAUUCAAUGCUAUAUGAAAGUUGGAAAAAAUUCAAAUCUGAAAAUGCAUUCAUGCAAAAGUUAUCUGACUUAAAAGAACGCUAUGAUGACAGUGAUCAUGUUUUAGCACGUGCAACACGUUCAGUAACUGAUACUUUAUCAUCGGUGUUUCAUAAUGCUGAAAUGUCAGAUGUAGUCACAGAAUUGUGUCGUGUUGAACCUGAUUUCAGUCUAGUAAACUUUAUCCGACAAUGUGAAACUGAUAUUAUACCAAAUGUACUAGAAGCUAUAGCACGGGAAGAUUUAGUUAUUCUUAAAGACUGGUGUUUUGAAGCUCCUUAUAGAGUAUUAUCACAUCCUAUUAAUGAGCAUCGACAAAAAGGUCACCAAACAUACUGCAAAGUACUAGAUGUACAUAAUGUGGAUGUUGUAACUGGAAAAUUAAUGGAACAUGGUCCUGUAUUAAUAAUAUCAUUUAGUGCCCAACAAAUCAUGUAUAUUAAAGAUGUGAAUGGGUUAAUCAUCGAUGGAGAUCCUCAUACUGUUAUCAGAGUGAUGUAUACUUGGGCAAUGUGUAGAGAUGUAAAUGAAGUAAAUCCAAGAGCUGCUUGGAAAUUAUUAGACAUAGCAGCAAAUUCCAGUGCCCAGUUGUUGUAAACUGUAACUAUAAGGUUUAGAUUAUUUGUGACAAAAUAUUUUAUUUCUCAAAUACUCAUACUGUUUAAGUAAAUUUCUGUUUGAUAUUUGAUCAAUUAUUGUUCAAAGUUAACAAAGAACUGUAUUAUAUUAAGGUUUUACCUUAAUGUGUUAUUACUUAUUUAGUAAAAUUCUAGUUGGUUUUUAUUA